AUCGAUAAUUUUUCCAGAAUUUUCACAAUAAAUAAAAAAUUAACUAGUGCUUUUGUGUGGCAAUAAGAAAGUAUCGCCAAAAUGUCGUUAAAUACGGCACAUUUAAACGGAGGGGUUCUAAUCCAUAAUGGAGAACAGAUUUUGUUGUAUUCAGACGGUGUGAGCAUAGAAUGGAGUGGUCAACAAGGAAAUUCUUUCUACGGAGUUAAGAAGGGCUCUAUUUAUCUAACAACACACAGAGUAAUUUUCCUUAAUAAAUCUAGUGCAGAUGAGAUGCUCAGUUUCAGCUUUCCCUUUGUAACACUCAGUGAGGUCGAGAUAGAACAACCAGUUUUUGGUGCCAAUUACAUAAAGGGAAAAGUUCGAGCCCAGCCAAAUGGCAAUUGGAUCGGUGAGGCCAAGUUUAAGAUGACCUUUAAGCAUGGAGGGGCCAUUGAAUUUGGACAGGCUCUGCUUAGGGCAGCGCAUUUUGCCUCCAGAGGUGGUUACGAUGCCCCACCUCCAUAUGUUCCUCCUCAGACCCAGUGGUAUGCUGCUGCUCCUCCCGCCUAUGCUCCUUCAGCACAAGGCUAUUAUGGUUGGAUGCCUCCCACCAAUGUAUUUCCACAACAUCCACCUACUGAUGGUGUCUUCAUGACUGAUGCUCCUCCACCAUACCCAGGAAUAGUACCUGGCUAUCAACCCAAUGGCUAUGGACCCCCACAAGGCCCCCCUGGUUAUUCCCAAGGACCUCCAAUGUAUCCUGGAACAGCAGUUAUGGUGGUCAGAGUUCUGCUGGAGCAGCUGGUUUUCAACAACCACCACAAUUUGCUAGUGCUGCAGAUGCCAAAGCUCACGAAGCUGCUCAAUCAGCCUACAAUAAUCAAAAUAGUAGACCACCACAGGGUUAUGCUCCUCCACCAGCCUAUUAUGAAAGUCCACCCACCUACAGCCAAGCUACCCACAAGAAGGAACAGUAAGCACUUGCAGGCCUACUGGAAGUGAGCACAGGACGCGAGCUUUUGCAAAUAUACUAUAUUAUUAUUAUUAUUUUUAAUGUUUAUUGAGAAUUUUAGUUAAGUUCACUUUGAGUGAUGUAUAGGAUGAGACAUUCCUCAAACACGGCACAUUAAAUAUAUUUGAUUUAGACUGUUGAUCAAACAAAAUGGUACUGACGUGAUAUUUUGUCAUUGUUAUGUAAGGAAAAGAAGGAAAAUAUAUAUUUUUAUUGUCAUUAAUAUACUGAUGUUUACAAACUGGAGAAAAUUGAGGUUAUAUUCCUGGACUUCUUUCUUUGCGUAUUUACCUUAGAAAAUUACUUUUCUAAAUCAAACUGCAAGUGUUUUCUCUUUGUAAUAUUUGAAAACAUAAUUUAUUAUUUUUGGUGAAUUAGUAGUCAGUGUUUUAUCGCAAUUUUAUUUACCAUUUAUAUAGAAACAUUAAGGUCCUAGGAUUUUUCCAUCAAUUACCCAAUUGAGACUAUGUGUGAAUGGAUCUAAUUUUCUUCACGGAGCAGAAACUGAGCAGAAACCUUCAUGGUUUUUACGCGGACUUGUCAUCUCAUGGUUUAUUUUUUGGGUUGUGUUAAUGUGUCUACUAGUAUUUUAUUUCUAGACGUUUUUAUAAUUUUCUACUAUAUUUUAAGAUGUUUAGUUUUUAUCUGACUGUACUAUUACCAUAUAGACCUAAUACUCAAUUGAAUCUGACGUCAGCUAAAGCAGCCAUGUUCUGUUUUCUAAGUUAAUUGAUUAUAAAAGAAAUGCAUAGCGCUCUCCUUAUCACACAUAGGAAAAGAAAGAAGUUAAGUUUGUAAACGCCAUUUUACUAUAUAACUAAUGUAUGUUGUUAUUCCGCAUUUAUUAAAGUAUUGUAUAAUAGCAGUAAUCACUUAUAUAUGUAAAUAUUCAGUACUAGCUUAUAUUGAUUAUUUUUGUUGAGAUGAAGGCGUGUAUAUUUCAAUAAAAACAUCGUUACAACGA